CCUCCCUGUCUCAUCCCUCCCCCGUCUGUCUCUCACACACUCACCUCUCCCUGUCUCACACACACUACACCUCCGUGUCUCACCCAUGCACACCAUCCAUUGUCUCUCGCUCACGCCCUCCCUGUCUUACACCCAUAGCCCCUCACACUCAGCCCACCCACUCACACUCCCCCCUCCCUGUCUCACACUCACACCCCUCUCUCUGCCACACUCACACUCACACGCGGUUGCGCUUGCGCCCCGGCUCCUCCUCCCGGCUGGUUGCGAGCGGGGCCGGGGCUGGCAGUCGCGGCGGAGCCGGUCGAGAACCGGAGCCGGGAGCUGAGCGGAACUGAGGCGGGUCCCGGAGCGAUGGGGCCCCGGGCUCCGCAACGCUCCUAGGCGGGCGGGUCCCCCCGAUUCCCCACGGCGGCGCCCCGAGCUCAUGGGCGGCCGCACGGGCUGAGACCCCCACGCCGGACGGGCUCGGAGGGACCCAGGCGUCCUGGCACCAUGGCGUUCACCUUCGCCGCCUUCUGCUACAUGCUCACCCUGGUGCUGUGCGCCUCGCUCAUCUUCUUCGUCAUCUGGCAUAUCAUCGCCUUUGACGAGCUGCACACAGAUUUCAAGAGUCCCAUUGACCAGGGGAACCCUGCGAGGGCACGAGAGCGAUUGAAAAACAUUGAGCGGAUUUGCUGCCUCCUGAGAAAGCUCGUGGUCCCUGAAUACUCCAUCCAUGGGCUCUUCUGCCUCAUGUUCCUGUGUGCAGCAGAGUGGGUCACCCUGGGCCUCAACAUCCCUCUGCUCUUUUACCACCUCUGGAGGUACUUCCACCGCCCGGCAGACGGGUCCGAGGUGAUGUACGAUGCUGUCUCCAUCAUGAACGCCGACAUCCUCAACUACUGCCAGAAGGAGUCAUGGUGCAAACUAGCCUUCUAUCUGCUGUCCUUCUUCUACUACUUGUACAGUAUGGUUUAUACUUUGGUGAGUUUCUAAGAGGACUGAGUGGGGGACCCCACAAUUAUCUCAGUGGCUGCUCCCGGACUCCUGGGUUUACCCCCAACCAGCUGUUUCUAGGAGAGCGCAAGAGAUGCUUGGAACACAGGGGGGGCCCUGAAACUCCAACACCCCCAUGGGCCUGAUGCUCCGCCCCCAUGGAUUUGAGGCUCUGCCCCAUCGCUGGACGACUCGCAGGAUCAGACAUUGGGCCUCCCCAUAUUAGGGCCACCCCGCGUUUUGAGUGACUCACUAAACCCUGCUGCCCCUCAUUUCUGCAGUGCCCAUGAGGAGAGAGCUUCUCCUCCCAGAUGUACCCUCCCCACCUCUGAGAUGGGGGCCAGGGCAGGGGUGACCUCCCCCAGCCCAGCUGUGACACUCCCCAUUGCCAUACCUCAUUGUGAGGCAGUCUGUUGGGGGGCAGGGAGGGGGUGGGGCACCCUGUCCCACUGUUAAACCCAUUUUAGGGUGCAGGGGAGCUGGAUACUGGGCACCUCUCCCCUGCAGUGUCAUUAUAAUGUGGGGGUAGGGCUGAUGCCCCCAGGACCAGGGUUGUUAUUCUGUUGGACACAUUUACGUCUAAUUCAGGGGAUGUAACCCACCCAGGAUUUCCCCACAACCUAUGGAGCACAGCCCCUGCCCCCCCACCCCCACCCCAGGGCAGGCCCAAACCCCACACAUGCCAGGGCGUGGCAGGGUGUUUCUGUGUGUUUGUAGUGUUGAAUUUGUUACCAGGAGCUAUUGUCUGGAGUGGGGGCUGGGGGCCCAGGGGGUGCCUCAACUAGACCCCCCAGGGAGAAGGGGAUCAAGGCUGAACAAUGACACCCCCACCCACUGCAAAUGUCAAGCCCCCUCCAACCCUCAUUACCAAGUUGGGGGGAGGAUUUUGGGGUGCACUCAGAUUUGGGCCUUGAGUCCAGAAAGUGGGAUGGGGGUCCCUGUGUGUGGAGGUGACCUGUUAUCCUAUGGGGGGGGGGUCUCAUGCAGAGUGCCCCAUUAUUUUACGUGGGGAGCUGUUCUGGGCUCGGUGCUGGGGAGGAAACCUCUGGUCUUAGAAGGAGGGGAUUCCGCACCCCCCGCACCUCCACCUGGGGUCAGACCCACACAGAAAGGGACCCUGGUGCCAGAGCUGUCUACAGGUGUUGGGGUGGAUGGGGGAAAUCACCCCCCCCCUUGGUUGUUUCCCACCCCCCCCCUCACGCGGGGCAUUUGUGUAUGAAAGAAACAUUGGCUAAACAAUCCUCAACUUUGUGGCUAAAUAAAAACUUGCAAACAAACAAAAAAAAACGGCACCCCAUUGGCCUCCUGAUGUCUGUAGGUGGGACAAUGAGCCCUCAGGGAGCGCUGGCUCCAAUACGGACACAGGGCAGGGUGGCGCUUUCCACUCUCGGGGGCACCAGCUCCAAUCCGGUCCCCUGCCAUAGCGCUUCAUUGCCCCCCUCUGCAGCCACUGGAGCGGGUCUGAGCAGGCCCCAGACUAUUGCCGGGGCUGGGGGGGGGGCGUCGUCGUGCUCUGGCACUGCUGCUGUGGGGGACUGUGAAGUGCUGGGCAGCCUGUCCGCACCAAUCCUGGCCUCCUGGGGACGUGUCUUUGCUCCCAGCCCCCAGGGCACUGGGGACCUGGGUUGCACUGCAACAGCACAGGGGCCUUCCAGGGGUGCCAACCCCUUGUGUUUAAAAACUAAGGAUCUGUUUUCGUAGCCCCCCACCCGGCCGCCCGAUAUUGUUGUUAUUGGAAUUUGGAGCAUGUAGCAAUAAGAAGCCGUACCCCCCCCCCCCCCCGAGCUUGUUGAGAUGAAAAAAUAAGGGACGUACAUCCCCUGUAAUAAGGGACUGCUGGCAGCCCUGCUUCUGAGUGUCCCUUACCACAGGGACUCCCAAAGCCUGCCAGGAUGGGAUGUGUGCCCUCACCCCAGGGCUAGGCACUGCUGUUGGAGUGUACGCAGCCCUUGAGCACUAGUGGGCAUACACCCACGGGCUCAGCCCUUCAUCCCUUCUUGCCAGACCAAACCCCUGCCCCCCAACACCACUUACAGGCUUCCCCCCCCCAACUAGCCUCACACACAGCCUGCAGGACACCCCACCCCCACACAAACACACUCCCCCAUUGCGUACACACACCCAUCCAGUAGACCAGUAGUCACUCAGCGGUGGCUUGGUCUGUGACUUCUGCCUGAGCCAAAGGGACAACCCCAGGGUUAGCUGCUGUGCGGGGACGGGGGGGGGGUAGCGGCUCAUAGUCACAGUGUAGGCAGCGAGCUCAGUCCCUAUGGGGCAGCCCAGCUAGCCAGGCCCAGCGACAUUCCCACUACUGGAACCUGGGCAGGGAUUCCUGAGUUCUUUCCCCAGCUGGUGGGAGUGGGGCUAGAGGCUUAGCGAGGGCGGGGGGGGCCCUGUGGGGCCUGCAGGGCUCUGUCACUCCACUGGGAGAGGACUGGGGUUGGGGGGGGGCGCACACUGUUAGCCAGGGUUCCUAGGUCCGCGCCUCUUCCCUGACAUGUUUCCCCUCUGUAAUGAGCUCAGUAAAAUUCUCUCCUGGGGCAGUUGUAGGGCUGCAAAGCUCUUUGACGUGUUAGAGAAUAAUCAGCAACUGCUGUUUUCUGGGCCAUUUAUUCAGUCUUAGCUCAAAUUUGUCACUAUGCUGCCAGGGAGAGAUUGUGAACGAGAACGCGAACCCUGCACUGGCAAAGAGCCACCUCCCCCAGGCUUUGAUCUGCUGGGAAGGCGCCAUCACAGCCGUGGCACUAGGGAUCCCUUUCCUGGCAGUGAGCAGCAGCUGCCUCUGGGGUGGGGCAUGGCGGCUGUUUAUACAGGGGUUCCCUCGCCUGGCAGUGAGCAGCAGCUGCCUCUGGGGUGGUGUGCUGGGGCUGUUUAUACAGCUUUCCUCCCCCACCCCGCCUGGCACUGAGACAUGACCCAUCAGCAUUUUGGGGUUUGGCCGGGGGAUGGGGGCAGAUGCAACGGUAGGGGCCCAGCCUCCAGGGUGGGAGCUGUUAUGUAAUGGCCAGUGCUCACUGUUCUCCCUACUUGCUCCAGCACAUUAGCCAUGAGCUGCAGCGCUGAUGGAUUUAAUCUGUUUAGGUGAGUUGCCACCUGACCGCUUCCAGCUGGCCCCCAUCUCCAGCCACAGGACCCCAGCUGCUGGCCCUGGGGCUACCCUCAGCUUCCCCCUGCCCACUGCAAUGCUCAUGAAUUUGUCCUCGAUUCACUCCAUUUCCACAUUAAACAAGGCAGGAUAGUUAAUGUGUGCGCACCUAGACUGGGCUGGGGGAGCAAGCGUGUGUGUUUGUGUCCUACCCUCGGGGGAGCGGCGGGCGGCAGGCACCAUAGCCCAGCCAGCCCCAGUGCGGGGGAAACAGACUCGUAUGGGGGGGUGCAGGGAAUGAACUACAGGGCCUUUCCCUGUGGGCGGGGGGAAGAGGUGCUGGCUUUUGGGCGCACAGGCAUGGGUGAUGGUGCUUGUGUAAGGUGUGUCAGGGUUAGAGUUGGGAAGGCCAGCUGCCAGGCCUGUGGGAUCUGGGUCUAUUGGUUAGAGUGGUGGGAGGUGGGGGCUGGGUGUCAGGACUACUAGGUUUUAGGCCUCACUGCAGGACAGGCCAUGGAACUGGUGGGAUGAGCUGGGUGUCAGGACAGUGGGAUUCCAGUCUCAGCUCACUGAAGAGGGGGUGGGGGAGAGUUCACACCUUAUUCACCCCCUCCAUCCCCAAGAUCUCUGCUUAAUUGGAAGAGCCAGCAACCUCUAGAUAUGUCAGAAAUGGGGAGAGUGGAGGGUGGGGGAGUUAGUCAGAGCUUGAGGUGGAGGGAAAGACAGUGGGGGAGAGCUUAUCUGUCUUUCUUGCCCCCACCCAUCCCUGCUGACUGAGGUGCUGGAUUCACAGUGAAAGGAAGUGAUGGACCUGGCAGGAGACCUGGGAGCCUUCCCCACAACUGCUGUGGUCAGCAUUGCAGAAUUAAUUGCUCUUGGGGGAGUAGCUGGAAGGUGAUGAUGAGCAAUUAACUAACAGACCCUGAGACAGAAGGGGAGCCCAAGGCUGGGCUAUCAGGGGGCUGUGGGUCAGGACUGAGGGGCACUGGCAGAGCUGGGGUGGGAACCGAUAACUGCUCUGGCCCAUAUAGAGGUCCCUGGCUCAUAACUGGGCAUAGGUGCUGGAACUGGGGGUGCUGUUGCACCCCCCUGGCUUGAAGCGGUUUCCAUCAUAUCCAGCAUUUACGGAUGGGUUCAAUGGCUCUCAGCGCCUCCACUGUACACAUGGUUCCAGCGCCCCUGUAACUCAGGGCAUCUGCUGAGGAAAGUUUGUGGGGAUCCAAUACAUCUGCUUCCAUUUGCUUCCCUGAGCAAAGGGCCUGGUGUGCUGGGGGCUCACACUGACACCUGGUGGCAAGAGGCAGAAUGACAAUGUCAGCAGCAUUGAAGGCAGGAUGAGCCAGAGCUCCCUGUCUGGUCCCCUCCCCACCCUUGCAUCCCUGUGUUGCAGCAGGCCUGGGCUAUAGUGGAGGCGAGGGUUAAAGUGCUGGGCAAAGGGGCUCUGAUUGGCUGCUUGCCCCACCUCCUGCUACAGCGCUCUUCCCAAGGAGGUGUGGAGGAGGAGGAGGAGGUGGGGGUACAGUUAAUAGGGCCGGAGAGGAGGGGCAGGCAGCUGUGAAGGCACUUUAAUAGCUGUGGAAAAUUACAGAUCAUAGAAUAUCAGGGUUGGAAGGGACCUCAGGAGCUCAUCUAGUCCAACCCCCUGCUCAAAGCAGGACCAAUCCCCAACUAAAUCAUCCCAGCAAGGUCUUUGUCAAGCCUGACCUUAAAAACUUCCAAGGAAGAAGAUUCCACCACCUCCCUAGGUAACGCAUUCCAGUGUUUCACAAACCUCCUAGUGAAAAAGUUUUUCCUAAUAUCCAAUCUAAACCUCCCCCACUGCAACUUGAGACCAUUACUCCUCGUUCUGUCAUCUGCUACCACUGAGAACAGUCUAGAUCCAUCCUCUUUGGAAUCCCCUUUCAGGUAGUUUAAAGCAGCUAUCAAAUCCCCCCUCAUUCUUCUCUUCCGCAGACUAAACAACCCCAGUUCCCUCAGCAUCUCCUCAUAAGUCAUGUGUUCCAGUCCCCUAAUCAUUUUUGUUGCCCUCCACUGGACAGUUUCCAAUUUUUCCACAUCCUUCUUGUCGUGUGGGGCCCAAAACUGGACACAGUACUCCAGCUGAGGCCUCACCAAUGUCGAAUAGAGGGGAAUGAUCACGUCCCUCGAUCUGCUGGCAAUGCCCCUACUUAUACAUCCCAAAAUGCCAUUGGCCUUCUUGGCAACAAGGGCACACUGUUGACUCAUAUCCAGCUUCUCGUCCACUGUAACCCCUAGGUCCUUUUCUGCAGAACUGCUGCCUAGCCUUUCCAUGCCUAGUCUGUAACAGUGCAUGGGAUUAUCCCGUCCUAAGUGCAGGACUCUGCACUUGUCCUUGUCGAACCACAACAGAUUUCUUUUUGCCCCAUCCUCUAAUUUGUCUAGGUCCCUCUGUAUCCUAUCCCUACCCUCCAGCAUAUCUACCACUCCUCCCAGUUCAGUGUCAUCUGAAAACUUGCUGAGGGUGCAAUCCACACCAUCCUCCAGAUCGUUUAUGAAGAUAUUGAACAAAACCAGCCUGAGGACUGACCCUUGGGGCACUCCACUUGAUACCGGCUGCCAGCUAGAUAUGGAGCCAUUGAUCACUAUCUGUUGAGCCCAACAAUCUAGCCAGCUUUCUAUCCAUCUUACAGUCCAUUCAUCCAGCCCAUACUUCUUUAACUUGCUGGCAAGAAUACUGUGGGAGACCGUAUCAAAAGCUUUGCUAAAGUCAAGGAACAACCCGUCCACUGCUUUCCCCUCAUCCACAGAGCCAGUUAUCUCGUCAUAGAAGGCAAUUAGAUUAGUCAGGCAUGACUUGCCCUUGGUGAAUCCAUGCUGAUUGUUUCUGAUCACUUUCCUCUCCUCUAAGUGCUUCAGAAUUGAUUCCUUGAGGACCUACUCCACGAUUUUUCCAGGGACCGAGGUGAGGCUGACUGGCCUGUAGUUCCCAGGAUCCUCCUCCUUCCCUUUUUUAAAGAUGGGCACUACAUUAGCCUUUUUCCAGUCGUCCGGGACCUCCCCCGAUCGCCAUGAGUUUUCAAAGAUAAUGGCCUUGAAAUCCUUCCUCCCGCAACUCCUUUUUCAGACUACUUUAAGCACUGCAGGGAGCAGGGCCUGCACUUGUCCCCCACAUGGGUUCAAAGCCCCCUACAGCCAAACACUCAACCCUGAGCUGUAAAGAUACCAAAUCCUAAUGAACCUCCCACCUCUAUCACUCCAGGGCACAAUAAUGGAAUGACUGACACAACAGAACUCAAUUAAUAAAGAAGUGUGGUAUAAUUAAAGCCAAUCAACAUAGGCUUAUGGAAAAUAGAGCCUGUCAAACUAACUUGGUAUAUUUUUUUGAGAGUCAAAGAUGAGUGUUGAUGUCGAACACUUAUCCUGGGGUACCAUGGCAAAUGAUUUACAGAAGUCUAUCUUAAAAAACCAGAUCAAUACUAAAUCACUCCAGCACACAUUAACUGAAUUAAAAACUGGCUUACUGAUCUGUC